AUGAAAAAAAAAAACAAAAAAUACACAUUUAAAUCGUUUGCAGAAAAUCUUAAUGAUCUUCAUAUAAAUAUUUCAAAUAAAAUUAAUUAUUAUAUUGAAGAUACAGGUUCAUCUCAUUUCAAUAAUUCUCUUGAAAAAUGGAGAGAAUUAAAUUUAUCACCAGAUUUUAUUUCUUUCUUUAACGAAGUUUGCAUUUUUUCAGAAUCACUUCCUCAAAUUUUAUACCAUAAACAAAAAAUAUUUAGCAUAAUAAUGAAAUACAUUUCUAAAAAUAACACGCUUUCUCUUGAACCUCUUUUGUCGUUUCUAGUUUCUUUUUCUCGAGAUUUAAAAGAAGAAUUUAGCCCUUUUAUUAUUGAAACAUUCAAAAUUUUAGAAUCUCUUCUAAACCGUGAAGAUAUAAAUGCCAUUAAGUGGAUAUUUACUAGCAUUGCAUAUUUAUUUAAAUAUUUAUCAAAAAUUAUAAUUGAUAAUUUUAAAGAAAUUUUUGAAAUAUUAUCAAAAUUGCUUGGAAAAGAUACAAAAAAAAAAUAUAUUGUUCGCUAUACAGCUGAAGUUAUAUCAUUUUUAUUUAAACGAAUAGAUGACACACAAAAAAUAAUGCUAAUAAAGUUAUUUAAAGAAGAUUUAAAAAAUAGCUUUUCUAAUUUAUAUCUUCAAGGUAUAUCAUUAGUAAUUUCUGAGUCAUGUAAGAACAUAAAAAAGACAUUAAACUCAAACGCAACAAAAACUAUAACUCAUUUGAUAAAAAUUUGGGAAGAAGAUUGCCAAAAAGAAAUAUUAUAUCUGAUUUUAAAGAAUACUAUUAUUUCACUAAUUAAUCAUACUAAUGAAGUAACAUUUUUUCCUGUAAUAGAAUUAUUAUUAGUUAGUUUGGAAAAAUCAAAAUUUCAUAGUCUGAAAGGCUAUUAUCAUUUAUUAUUAAUUUGUAUAUCAGCACAAAAUGGAAAAAGAGUAAAAGAUUGGAAAAUUGUUGUAAAUUAUAUUUCGUCAAACUUUUUAGUACAAAGUAGAUAUUCGCCAAUUAUGAUUAAAUUACUCACAAAUUUACUAUGUUUAUCAGAUUUAAAUAUAGCUAUAAUAAAUAACAAAAAAAUUAUAGAACAUGUUAUGUUAUCAGAUGUUCAUAUAUGCAAAAUGUUUUUUGAACUGAUGUCUACUACAUCCGCAGAAAGAUUCAAUACUUUUUUGCUAAUAUAUUUUCAUAAUUUUAUAUCUAAAAUUUGGAAAACACAUCAUGACAUUGCUAUUCAUUUAUUAUUAUCAGUCAGUGAUUCUAAAGUGCUUAUAAAUUCAUCUGAAAAUUCUUAUAUUUCAGAAAAGAAAAAAUUCAAAUUUUCAUCUAAUCAUUGUAUAAUUCAAAAUAUAUUAGAAUAUUUUUCAAAAGUAAUCGACGAAACAUCUUUUGGAAUAUCUAUAGAAAAUAAAAUAUCGCUAUGGAAGCGAUUAAAAUUAUUAUCAUGUAUAGAUUUUAAUUCUAAAAUAAUUAACAAGAUUUUAUAUAAACUUAUUAUCAAAUAUUUAGCUUUCGAAUCUGAUUCUAAUAUAGAACCUUUAAUACAGAUUUUAUUAACAGAACUAUCUUCUACUAAAUGUUCUGGUCUUGAAGAUAAUGACAUUAUAAACCUCUUUAAUCAUAUUUCAGAAUCAAGCGGACGUUUUUCUAAAAAUAUAUCGUUUCUUCAAGGAGUUUUUGCUAUUUUCGAAGAAAUAUUAACAAGGCCUCUUGAAUUCAGUGAUACUAAUAUUGAAAUACUUCUCUCUGAUAUUACUUCAAAUUUACUUAUUGCUGGUUCUCAACGAAGAUUUUAUGCAAUAAAAGUUCUAACUUUAUUAUAUAAAUUUAAAAGUGGAAUAGAAUGUAAAGUACUUAAGUCUUGUAAUGUUAUAGUAGAAACAUCGUUUAAUGUUAAUUCAUUAAGAACAAUUUCUAUACAUAUUAGGAAAAUCUCUAUAAAUUUUUUGAAAGCUCAGGCUAUAUCUCAAAAAAUUGCAAUUAUUUUUCUUAUUGGCCUAAUGACAGUUAAUUUUUCUCCAGUACUUAAAGAUUGUUCUUCAGUCCUCGCAACUUUAUAUAAUAAAAACUAUAAUUUUAUCUGGGAAUAUAUAUUUGAUUGGAUAAAACUAGGAAAUAUUAAAAAAGUAGUGCCUAAAUUGAAUAAAAGCUAUGAAAAAAGAAAUGAAAAUGAUUCUAUAUUUCAGUGUUUUAAGACAGAUAUUAAUUUAUCUUUUCAACUAGAACAAAAUGAUGAUGAAAAAAUAUUAUCUGGUUGGAAAGAACUAUGUAAUAAAGAUAAUUUAGAUUUAAGUAAUGGUUCAGCUGAAUAUAGAACACAUGCUCUAAAAAUUCUACUAGAAAUUCCAAGCCUUGCGGAAGAACAUUCAAAAGAUCUAGUUCCCAUUUUUCUUACUAUUUUUUCACAAGAUAGAAAUAUAGAAGACUUUUGUUCAUCUAAUUCUGAAUGGUCAUAUAUUGAUAAACUAAAUCUUAUAACUAUUUUUAGUAAAUUUCAAAACCCGAAAUCUAUAUUUAACUCAGAAAAUGUGUAUAGUACUUUAUUAUUUCUUUUAACUCAAGGUGAUAUUAAAAUUCAAAACCUUGCCCUAAAUUCUAUAUUAUCAUGGAAAUUCCCUGAGGUACUUAAUUAUGAAAAUAAUCUACGGAAUUUAUUAAGCACUCUAAAAUUUCGUAACGAAUUGACAGACUUAAUGCAAGAAACCUGCUUACAUAGUAAUUUUAAAAAUCAAAAAUUAAUUCCAAUUAUUUUGAGAAUACUUUACGGCCGAAUGAUAUCACGAUCUAAUUCAUCUUCUAAAAAACAUUCACUUUCUACCAAACGUGACGUUAUUUUAUCCUUUGUUAGUGUACUACCUUUAGAUUUUUUUAGAAUAUUUCUAAACAUUAUGCUGGAACCAUUUAAUAAAAUAGAUUGUAUUGAUAAAUCUAAUUCCAAUGCGUAUAAAUUAAAAAAUGUAUUGGAACAUGUUAAUCAAAAAAAACAAAUAGGGUUUUGUACUGUUCUCAAAGAAGUUUUAAAACAUGUGGGAUCUAAUAUAAUGCUUUAUUUAUCAGAUAUAUUGAAUGUUCAUUUUUAUUGUUGGAAUAAUUCUGAAUCUAUUAUAAAAUCGUUUUAUGAUAAAAAAGAAAUAAAUAAUAAUGAAAAUAUUACUUUAAAAUAUGCAAAAGCUAUAAGGUAUAAAUGCUAUCAUAAUCUUAACAGAAUGUUUUCUUUUGGAUUUAGUCAUGAAUGGAUGCCAUAUAUGACUCUUCUUUUUGCAGAAUUUAUUAAUCCUAAGGUUAAAUAUUUGCACAUUGAUAGUUUACAAGAACCUUCUGGACUUCUAAAAAUCUUCUCUACUUGGUCAGAAAAUAUAAAUACAUUACAUUUUCUUUAUGAUUAUAACAAAGAAAUAAUUUUAGAAAUCACAAAAUGCUUAUCUUUACCUUCUAUUAAAGAAAAUGUAGUAUUAUUUAUAGUUGAUUUCUAUAAAAAAGUUAUUGUAAAUGCAAAUGAGUUUGAUAAAACCUCUAAAAACAACAAACAUUAUUCAGCCAAAGAAAUUCUUAUUUUAAGGAACAUAUCUACUAUAUUAAACACUUUAUGUAAUUUAAUAAUGGAUGUACAACGUAAAUGGAGUAAAAAUAUUUAUCAUCCUUUAUUUAACUUACUUUUAUUAAUUUCACCAUUAGUAAGUGAACCCUCACAAAUUGAAAUUCUUUUAGAGACUAAUAUAUUUACAAUUUCAAAACUUUCAAAAUUUAUUCCAGAAGAUAUAAAAAAUUAUAUUCUUGAAAUAAUUCAAAAUUUAUUACCUUUAAGUCAUAAAAUACACACUGAUCACAGUUUUUUUUGUAAUAUUUUUAAAACUCUUACACCAUUAUUUGGAGUACUAGAAAACAAAAAUUCAAGAACUAUUUUGUCUAAUUUAAUGAAUAUAUUUUCAAAAAUUAAUCCACAAUUAGAAGACGUCUCAAACCUUAUAAUAGAUUUAAACUCAUUUUCAUCUAAAUUGGAUCAACCAGAUUUUGAUAGAGUAUUAUCAGCAUUUACUAUUAUAAACAGUUCUAAAUGGGAAGAAUUUGAUAUAACUAGUUGGACUCCACUUAUUUACAAUAUGAUCUAUUUUAUCCAAAAUCAAGAAGAAUUUUCUAUAAGAGUAAAUGCAUCAUAUACAAUGAAAAGAUUUAUUGAAAGAUUUAAUGAUAUUUCUAUUACUGAAAGAGAAUCUUAUUUAAAACUUCUUUCUUCAAUUUUAAAAGCUUUGAAAAAAGAAAUGAAAUCAAAUAGAGAUCUAGUACGACAUGAAUACUUAGGUAUUUUAGCACAUAUUGCCAAAUUUUGUAGUUCUUGGGAUCCAGUCAUUGAUCUUCAAGUUUUAUUAAUCGACGAUGAAGAAGCUAAUUUUUUUAACAAUAUUCUUCAUAUUCAACAACAUCGCCGUAUUCGUGCUCUAAGACGACUUUGCAUUGCAUCCUCUCAAGGAAAAAUAAAUAAAAAUAAUAUCUCAGAAAUAUUUUUGCCUUUAGUAGAAAGUUUAUGUUUUUGUUCAUCAAAACAAUAUCAUAAUCUUGUACCGGAAGCAAUUAAAAGUAUUGGAAUUCUUUGUACCAAUAUUCAUUGGAAUCAAUAUUACAAUUUAUUUAAGCGAUAUAUUAUAAAAUUAAAAAGCACUCAAGAUACUUCAAAAAUAAUGAUACGUAUAAUUGACUCAGCAGCAGAUGCUUUAUUUCAUACUUAUAAAUUUUCACUGAUAGAUUCAGAAGAUAUUAAAAUAAAUAAUUCAAUUAAAACUUCACUAGAAAAAGAUUUAAAAGUUGAAUUAGAUAGCAGCAAUUUGUCUUUUUACCUAAAGACUUCAAUAACGAAUGAUAUACAGGUAAAGGAUAUUAUUUAUUCUGAAUUUAUCCCCCCUUUAAUUCAAAUUCUUCAUAAAAUGGAUACAUCUACUAUAAUAUCAAGAAUUCCUAUAGCAUUAACUAUUACAAAACUUCUAAGAUGCCUAAAUCAUGAGAGUUUAAUGCCACAUUUAUCUCUAGUUCUUUCAGAAAUUUGCAAAAUUUUGCAAAAUCGAUCACAAAGUCAUAGAGAUAUAGCUCGGGAAGUUUUAUCAAAUAUUAUAGCCUUACUUGGCCCUCAAUAUUUGUUGUAUAUUCUUGUACAGCUAAAAAGCACACUUAAACGUGGUUAUCAGCUUCAUGUUCUUGGAUUUACAGUGCAUACAUUAUUAUAUCGUUUACAAAAAAAUGCUGUUAUUGGUUCUAUAAAUAAUUGUAUAGAUAUUAUUGUAGAAAUCUUAAUAAAUGAUAUUUUUGGCAAAGUCGGGAUAGAAAAGGAUUCAGAAGAAUAUAUAACAUCAAUGAAAGAAAUAAAAACCAAUAAAAGUUAUGAUUCUUUUGAAAUUUUGUCAAGCAUCAUAGAUCUGGAACAUUUCUGUUUACUCUUAAAACCUAUUUUUAAGCUACUUCAUGAAGAAUUAACAUUAGAGAUCUUAAAAAAUAUAGAUAUAGUAUUUAGAAGAGUAAGUCUUGGAAUAUUUAAAAACUCAUUAUGUUAUACUCGUAAUGGUUUACGUUUAUGUUAUAAUUUAUUUCAGGAAGGAAUAAAAAAUUUUAAAACAAAAAAUGAUAAGAAAGUAGAUACAAAAAAAACUUUUAUUGUAGAACUUUCUUCAUAUAAAAAAGAAAAAAAAAAUAAUUUUUCAAAUAAUGCAUGCAAAAUUAUUAAAUUUUCAUUAGAUCUUUUAAAAGGGAUUUUAUUAAAAGAUAAAACUUUAAUUUCACCUGAGAAUUUAAUACCUUUUAUUCCAAUUAUUGGUGAUUCGGUUUUAUCAGGAAACGAGGAAAUACAUAUUUCAGCAUUAAAUGUAUUUUCUAUCUUUUUAAAACUUAACAUUGAACAUGUUAAUUCAUCACUAAAUGUUUUUGUUAAUCAAGCAUUUUCUUUCAUAAAACUAUCAACUUCUACUAAUACUGAAUUGUGUCAAACAAGUUUAAAAUUCCUUAUAUCAGUUUUGAAAAGUCAUCGGAAUGUUGAAAUUAAAAAAGAAUGGCUUGUGUAUAUUAUUGCAAAAAUAAAGCUUGAUAUAGAAGAACCAGAUAGACAAAACAUCGUAUUUUCUAUGAUUAAAGCAAUAAUGUCUCGGAAAUUGAUUUUUACAGAAUUAUAUGAUUUGGUUGAUUCUAUUGCAGCUAUAAUGAUAACAAAUCAAUCAAAAGUGACUAGAGAUAUGGCUAGAAGAAUUUAUUAUCAAUUUUUGCUUGAUUACCCUCAGGGGAAAAAUAGAUUAAAGAAACAAAUGGAUUUUCUCAUUAAAAAUUUAGAAUAUGAACAUGCAUCUGGUCGCCAAUCUGUUAUUGAAACUUUGAAUUUAAUUGUAACUGAUUUUGAUGAUUCUGUAAUAAAAGAUUUUCUAGAACCCUUUUUCAUUGCAUUAAUGAUGGUAAUUGUAAAUGACAGGGAUAUACAGUCUUGGAAUAUGUCUAGUAUUCUUUUGCAAAAAAUUUUCAAACGUUCUGAUAGUUCUGUUUUAAAAUUUAUCACAGAAUCCUUUAAAACAUGGUUGAAUCAAGUAGAAGAAAGUUGUUUAAGAAUAGCAGCUAUUCAAGGCUAUGGUUUUUUAUUUCAGGUAUUUGGGAAAACAAAACAUGAAGAGAUUCACUAUUUUCUUGAAAAAACUCGGAAAAUUUUGGACGAAAAUAUUAACUCUUAUAAUUCAGAGAAUUGCGAGCUUAUUUAUCAAAUUAUGCAUACGAUGCUUAAAUUAACAAGUUUAGUACCAGAAAUAAUUAUGUCUGCUGAGCAAUCAACACUUUGGAAUUUUUUUAUUAAUUUAUUAGCAUGUGAAAAUAGUAAAAUUUGUUUCAUUGCAGCAGAAAUCAUAGGGAAAUCGUUUUCCUUUUGCAAAGUAAUUCCAAAAAAAUUGCCUUUAAUAUCACCAUAUGGAUUAUUAUAUACUCAAAAUAAUUUAAGUACAAUUUCAAAUACUAUUUUACAUAAAUUUUAUAAACCUGAUUUAAAUAAAGAAUUAAGUCUUCAGUUUUCAAAAAACUUAUUUUUUAUUGCUAAAUGUUAUUAUUUGACUAACUCUGAAAUAUCUGAAUAUGAAAAUUUAUAUAUGUACCCAAAAGUGGAAAAACUUGUAAAAUUCAAAGAAACAAAUAUGGAAUAUCCAACUUGUCUUGAAUGGUUAAUAUUUAGACUUUGCAUAAUUUUAAAAAACGAAAAAAAUAUAAAUCAUGAGUCAAUUAUAAUUUCUAAGUAUCAAAUAAUGAAAUUAAUAAGAGCUCUUGUUAAUUUUCUUCCUGCAAAAAUUUUAGAGAAAUUUGCAAACUUAAUUAUCAUUCCUUUAUACAAAUAUACAGACAAUAAAGUUGCAAUGACUGAUACUCAGAAAAGCUUGAAAUGCAUUACAGAAGAAAUAUUAAAAGAAUUACAUUCCAAAAUAGGAACAACUUUAUAUAUUCAAAUAUUCAACAAUAUAAGACAAAAUUCGUUUAAAAUAAGGGAAAAACGAAAAUUAAAAAGGUCUAUACUUGCAAUAUCAGAUCCCAGAGAAUUAGCAAGAAAAAAAAUCAAAUUAAACAUUAAGAAAAUAAAACUAAGGAAAAAAAAGAGAAACUAUAUACCAUUUAAUCCUAUAAACGCUUUAAAAGAAUAA